UGAAGUGAUUUCUGAAGCUCUUUCAGGGGCGCUCAGGUGUGAGGAGACGGUAGCAUAAAGAGUCCCUGACAGCAGGAAACGCUGGAAUGACAAAGAAUAAGAAGAAAUGUUGUCUCUGAGCACCUCAUAGCAUUUCCAGCCUGCACGGACUAAAGAUUAUAGAUGGCCGUCACUGCCGGUCUGAGUCCCGACUCAGCUCAAAGACACAGACAGAGACUUUCGGCGGGCAACCAUCAGGAUGUUUUGACUUUUCCAUCUUCUCAGUCGAGUUCUGUUCAUCAACAUCUGUCAGAACCUCUGUCACCCGCUGGCUCUGCCACACCACCUGCAGCCAUGGACAGCACUCCAAAGAAUUGGGUUUUAAAGCCUUUGUCCCCCACGCUCCAACCAUCAGACCUACGCACCAUUGCUGUACCAGCCCCAGGUCCAAAUGACCUGGACACCGCCUUUAGGAGCAUCUCAGUUUCACACAGUCAGCCUUGCGUAGUUGUCUCCUCCCGGCAGGCCGAUGAGUCUCAGGAUGUUGUGGUUCAGGCCCGGCAGAUUGCUGUGUCACCUGAUGGGGGAAACUCCAGUGACGAGUGGCAACCCAGUAGUCCCAGCAGUCCUGGCAGCAGCUCAGGGUCUCAUUGUGGGUUUUACUCCUUUGUGGAAGAUCCAGCAAGCCCCAAGGCUGAGCAUAAUGAAGCUUGGAUGGUCUCACCCCAGCGCCAGGCUAUGCUGGCCACCCUGAAGCAAGAGAAGGGCUUCAAACUACAGACCUACACAAGCAGCAAGAAGCCCGAGAGUCUAUUCUCAGAAAGCAACGUAGACCUGCAGUACAAGGUUGAUGCAAACAACGGAAUCAAAGUGGUUGGUGAGGAAGAGGAGAAGGAGCUUCGCAAAGAGAUCAUUCGUACCCAAGCUCCAAAGAAGAGUGCUGGGUUUCAGGACCAGCUGAGCUCCCAGGAGGACCUGAGCCAGUCUACAAACAAACUGAUAGAAGGUUUCAGUUUAAGCUACAAGCCAGUCAGUUCCAGACCAGAACCCCCUCGUCCUGCUGAGCCCGGAACCAUCGACAAGGAGCAGAUCAACUUCAACACGGUCCGACAACAGUUUCUGAAGUUGGAGCAGGACCGGCUGAAGGCUCCGUCCAGUCCUCUGAAGUCCCCAAGAACACACCUGAAGUCAUAUUUGUGGCCAGAUCAUGAUGUAACCACACCAAAGAAGGUGGAGACAAGUAACAACGCAGCACAGUUUAAAGCACCUGAAGAAGACGAAGCAUAUCGACAGAAGAAGGUGACGGUGUUCCAGACUGAGGAAUGUUUGAGCAGGCAAAGCAGCGUGUUUGAUGACCUGGACUCUGGACUGGAGGAGCUAUCAGGGGAGGUGGGUGGUGGCUACGUCAGCGAUGAUGGGGUGUUCAACGAUAACAUACAGCAGCUGAACAGACCCAUCAAGUCCACUAGUGCUUGUGAGACCCCAAUUGAACGGGAGAUUCGGUUAAUCCAGGAACGUGAGGAGAACCUGCGCCGCUCUCGAGGCCUGAAGCUUAGUGACAGUUGGGGACAGAUGGUUGAGAUCAAAACCAAACGCUUACAACCACGACCAGCACCGAUCAAAAUGAAAGAGAAGACUCGAGUGAGCUUCAUUGUCCAGGGAGAGGUCAAAAACGAGAACCAGAAUAAGCUUGAUCCUUCUCAGAAUAUCGAAGAGACUAGAAGUCAGUCGGAGCCACGAAACAAGGACAGGUGGACAGAGGAGAGCAGCCAGCCUGAGUCUGAAACAAGUGAAGUCUUUCCAUCUCCUUGCUGUCCUCAUCGACACCCUGAAGAACGAAAACAGAUGAGCCCGGUUCCCUCUUCCUUGAUCGAGAUAGACUCUGGGGUCCAGGACAGAAGACGUCUUGACCAGGAUCAAGUGUUUUCCUUUUCCUCUACUGCCUCCCCAGCAUUGACACCUCAAAGUGAAACAGCCCUUCAGUCCUGGAGGGAGAGCCUGAAGUCCACUGGCCUGCAGUGUAGAGGAAAAGGAGCCCCAGACUUCAUUGAGAAGGAAAUUGAGGAGGCUCUGAGAAGGGAGCAGGAGCUGAGGGAGUCCAGGGAGGAAGCUAAACAGCAGCUGUUCUCUCCAGCUCCUCUGGUGGAACAAGCGACCCAGAAGGCCGUCAGUCAGUUCUACCCGCCGAUAAAAACAGAGAAACCAGCCAGCGUGUCUUCUCCUCGCCCCUCCCUCCGUCUGCCCUCCGUCUCCUUCAUCACGGCUCGGCCCUGGACCACCUCCUCUCCCUCUCCCUCCUCCCCCUCCCUAACAGUGCGAGGUCUGACGGAAACUCUGCUGCAGGACUUUGAGGAGUAUCGAGCCAAACUGAAGCUGGAGGAGAGUGCAUACGCAGGAAUCCAGCCAGUUGAUGAGAUCAACAACGAGGUUGUGGAGUCGACUCGAGUCAGUCGACAUAAGAACCAGGGAGCUCUGCUCUGGGAGGCCAGACAAUUUGCCAACCAGGAGAACCAGUGAGUGUGCCUGACUCCGAAACAGGACUCGACCUCAAGCAGCAGGGCAGGAGAUCCUAAAAUACGGGACUGAGUUUCUCUCCUCAAGCUGGGAUGCAGUGGUUUCUAAAGACGCUCCAACAGAAAUGGCUGUUGCUGAUUGGUCCUUGAAGAUGACAGCAGUUCCCCUUGUCUAAUCAGCAGUCCGUUGGUUAGAGCCUAAAACAGAGACAACGUGUCUCAUUCAUCUAGAGAAAAAAAGAGAGUUCCAGUGUUUAUUUGGAGACUUUUAAUCUGACACAGCAGCACGGGAAGUUUCUGAUUGUUUUCAUGAUGCAUCAAAAAUAAAAAAAUAUUUUUAGUC